AAAAAAAAAAAGAAAAAAAAAAACGCAAAUAUUGAGAAACUCCUCCGUUCAGACUUGAUUGUCUCUUGUCUGCUCAGUUUCUUUUGGUCCUCUCGUGAACCCCUCAACGGUCUCAUUCCCUCCCAUUAUAAAUUAUAAUAAACCUAAAUUAUAUAAAUAAAUAAUAUAUAAAUCGUCGCAAAUUAGCAAAAGCCAAACAAAUAACCUCUCUCUCGCUCACACACACAACACAGAAUUGUUUUCUCUUUCGUCACCCAAAGCAAUAAAUGGGUGCCGGAAACCUAAUAUCGCCGCUGUCUCUGCUACUGUUCCCGCUCAUCUCCGCCUUGGGAUCGGCGGCGCCGCUGUGGUGCGUGGCGAAAAACAACGCGGAGGACGCCGCCCUGCAGCAGGCCCUCAAUUGGGCGUGCGGGCAGGUCGACUGCGGGCCGAUCCAGAUAGGCCGGCCUUGCUACGUCGACUCCGACCUCCAGCAUACGGCGUCGUACGCAUUCAACGCCUACUACCUCACUCACGCCCUUUCCGAUGACGCCUGUAAUUUUGGGGGCAACGCUGCCCUUACCAACAUCGACCCAAGUCACGGUAAUUGCAGAUUUCCAUCCAGCUCAAGCUCAAGCUCAGGUAAUGGAAGCUUGAGUGGGGCAGUGCCAGCUGGAAGUGCAGAUCUAAACGGCAGUAGUUGUAGUUCACGCGCUAGCCCUUGGGAUUUGAUUCGCUUGCAACAAGCAAUAUCGUUGGCCGCCAUUACGAUGUCGUCAACCACCGUCGAGGAAAUCGAGUCAAAUUUGGGAGUGGAGCUCGAGAAGGUGAAGAGGAGGAUGUUCGCUGAUGGGGAGAUUUACUUCCAGUUGGAGGAGAGCGUGAGGGGCUGUGACGUUUACUUUUUUGUCGGAACUUAG